UUGGCUGUUUUGUAAACAACUGCAGCAGAGCUCUUGUUUUUACUUCUUCAAGAAAAACUGCAGAAAAUGUAUGAAAAACAGGAGGAAAGUGCAGGAAAUUGCAAUGGAGUGGUAGCUGGAGAGGUCUUCAUGUGACAACGCCGCGUGCUCUCGCGAGUCUUCUCGUCUUAUUCCGGGUAUAUAAAAGUGGCCAGACACUUGGCAUUUCUCACUCAGUGUCUCGAGCACAGAAAGAUCGCGCGCUUUAAGCUUACCGCAGUCAAAAAUCGCGAGUGUCGGACGCUUUGCUAAAAGAGAAAAAGAAGCCAGAGAGAGAAAGAUAGAAAUUCUAGGAGAAGCGUCUGUGGAAGUCCUCCUUGUCAGCUGAUCAAACGACUAACGCAUGAGAAAUUUUAAGAGAAUCCUCAACUCUAUCAGACACACGUCCUCUGAUCACUUCUCAGAAGACUCUUGGACCAGUUGGGUGGCUAUUUGAGAGACGGAUUAUCCCUGGGAUCAACAUCAGGCUUCUCCUGGCUAACACAGUCAUCCUGUGGAAUAAAUCCAACAGAGUUCAGUGCAGAUUUUAGAGAGUGUUUGUGUGUGCAUUCGAGAAAUAUUCCCGGAGGUCAGUGAGUUUAUUUUCAAUGGAUUUACAGUGAGGAUAAGAAAAUUUGGUGCAUUUAAAAUUCUUGUGCAGGAUAUUAAACGCAGAUCCUGCUCGUAGAAGACGCACCCAAAAGGCAGAGAGGAGGUUCCGACUUUGUUGUAGAAGAUAGAGAAAAAGAGGUGAACAAGAGUCAUUGGGUCAUUUACCCACAACGCCCAAGAUUCAACGAGAGAUCUCCAAAGAAGUCAACCCACUAUUUAGUGAGAUUGAAAAUUGGGGCACUGAAUCUGAUACAAGUGUCUGUGAUCGAGUGUCAUUGAGGGUGAUGGCUCCAAUUGCAACAGUGUGUGAAGAUCAACAGAGUGCAUCAGCAGAAAUGUCCUCAGCAGCUGCAUCCAAUGGAUUAUUAGAUGAAUCACCUUUGACUGUGUCCGGACAUCAAACGGGACGCAGCAUAAUGCCGUGCGUCUUGAGUGCCCCCCUUGUGGUUACACUCGUCGGAUUGCCGUGCAGGGGAAAAUCUUUUGCAGCUCAUCGCAUCUCCCGGCAUCUCAAUUGGAAAGGAGAAUCAGCUAAAGUUUUCACGGUGGAAGAAGCUGCAACGCCGGAGACACUCAAGGAGAUCUUGGCACAUUUCCAGAGUGGCAAUAAUGUGGCUAUAAUCGAUGGAAUGCAUCUCACGCGAUUGUCUCGCCAAUUAAUUGCGGCAUUCUGCAAUGAGACAUCCUCCCACCAUAUUCUCGUGGAGAUUACGUGCGAUGAAGUGGAAGUGGCUGACAAUAUGGAAAGAACUCUGAAGUUCUACGAGAAGAAGCUGGACAAGAACAUUGACUGGAGGCAUACGAUCCAGGAGAAGGUGCAUCGAUACCAUGAAGAUUAUGAGCCAUGCUCUCCGCUCGAAGCUCCACUGAUAUCUGUCAAUGCUUCGGCCAAUCCGGCUCUGCAUGCUGUGACAGCUCGUGGGAUUCAGGGGGCGCUGCAAACAAUGAUCCUGGGCGUGCUGGCGAGUCCGUUGAUUAAGGAGCAUGUUUUCUACUUUACGCGCCAUGGAGAGAGUAAGUUCAACAUGAUGGGACGCAUUGGGGGAGACAGUGGAUUGUCAGAGAGGGGCUCCAAGUAUGCCGAACGUUUGGCAAUUGCCUGCCCGACUCCCAAAUUGAUCUGGACAUCGGAACUGGAGCGUACAAUUGCCACAGCCAGGGCUAUUCCUGGUCCAAGGACAGCUCUGCGGGAACUUAAUGAGAUCAAUGCAGGAAUCUGCGAGGGAUUGACGUACGAAGAAAUCCAGGAGCGUUUCCCGCAGGAAUUUGCUUGGCGUGAUCAGGAUAAACUCAAGUACAGGUAUCCACAUGGAGAAUCCUACCUGGAUCUUCUGCAACGGGUGGACAAUGUAGUUCAGGGCCUCAUGACAGCCUCUGAAGUACUUGUCGUGUCGCAUCAGGCUGUUCUACGCUGCAUCAUGGCCUACUUCAUGGGCACGAAACCAGAGGACGUGCCCUAUAUCAAUGUGCCACUUCACACGCUCCUCGUUGUCCGGGCGUCUGGAUAUGACUUCGAAGUGGAGCCGGUUCCGCUGAAAGUCGAGUGCGUGGACACCUAUCGUCUUCAGCCAAAGAAUUGUUCACCUGGACGCACUGAUGCUGAUGCUCUGCAAACGGUGCCAGCACAUUUUGAUGCUCCUCUGCCUCAAGUCAUCAACUGAGGAGGAUUUUUGGUCAAUUCUACAAUUGAUAUACAUUUCUGCAUUUAUGCACCAUUUUAUUUGCAUAAUUUUUUCUUACAAAUUUUAUCACACAUUUUACUUGAUUAAGAUAGCUCCUUUAUUGAUUAAAAGAACUUUUUGAAUUUAAUCGAAGAAGAGUAAAAAAAAAUGAUGAAAAAAAAAUUGACAAAAUUUGAAAAGAAUUCAACACAGCAAAAGUUAACAAGGCAGAGAUAGAAAACAAUUUGAGCAAAGUUAAAAAAAAAAAUAAAUUGACGACGAAUCGCGCUGAAUAGUUUGUAGCUCGUCUCUAGAAGUAAAUAUUUGAGAUCACAGCUAAUUAAAAACAAAAGUAUUCAACUGCCAGGUUAAUCCCAGGGAUACAUUUUUGAAGCACAAAAGCAGAUGAGAAAGAAAUGCAAUUAAAUUUAAAAGAUGAAAAAAUAAAUCACUUAGAAAAUAAGUUUAAAAAAACAAUGAUUACCAGAUAAACUAGAGCAAAGUGAGGAAUCUGUAAGGCAAGUAAAGAUUUUUUUUACAAACGAUUAGAUGAGAAAAAAAUUUGAUAAGAAUCUGAUUAGAGAAAUUACCGAUGUAAGCAACGUUUGAUGUAAGGAAAUUCCCUUCCAGUUUUCCAUAUUGCCCUAGGAAGAUGAUAUAAAAUACCUUUUUUUUUUAAUUUUAAUUGUUUUGUUAAUGCUUUUUUAUUCACAUUUUAUAUCUACUGUAGAAGAUAAACAAAAAAAAAAGAAUUGUCAUACCAUUACAAAUUGAAAUUAGAUCUGUAGGACAUUUGACAUGUUACUAAUUACAUAUUUUAUGUGAUAUAUAUUUUAUUGAGAGAAGAAAAAAAAGUGGAAAAAUAUAAUGUACGAAAAGCAAUGUGUUUUUUCAUCAUAUUGGCUUGUAUUACUUAUUUUACAAAAAAAAAGAACUCUCCUUUUCUAAUGUUUAAGACAGAAAAAAUAGUUUUUAGAAAAUGAGAUGAAUUUUAAUAAAUACACUCAGUAAGAAAAUAAA